AUGAUGAUUAUUUAAGUUGCAAAAAUAUUGUUAAAAUUGAAUAUAUGGGAUCAACAUGGAAAUGUCCAUUAGGAUUAUUUUAUAAGGCAGCAACAAAUUCAUGCUUCUUAUGUUAUUCAUCAUGUUAAGCUUGUUUUCAAGAAACUGUUGAUAGCUUUUUAAGUUGUGAAACAUCUUUAAAUAGAAUAUUAAAAGGAUUAUAAUGAGUAUGUGCACUUGGUUAUUAUGAAUAUAAAUAACAUGCGUAUAAGUAUUUAAAUUAUUAUACUUUUUAGAUUGCCUAGAUACAGAAGAUAUUUUGUUAAGUACAUGUUAUAAAUUAUGUACUAAUAAUGAAUAAUUAUGGCAUCACUCAUAUUCAAAGCUAGAUGAUUUGAAAUAUACUCUAUUUUUUGAAUGGAGUGAAUUGUGUAUUAAAUACAAUACACAAUUGUAUAUCUGCAUUUUAAAUGGUAUCUUGAAAUAGUAAACUGACGACUUUAUAUGA